CACAGAACGCACAGAACAGCGAGCAAAAGUGUGUUUUCAAUCAUCGUCGGAGAAAAGUUUGCGCUGCAAUAUUUUAAGCAAAAAUAGGAAGUUAGCCGAAAGCCAGCAAGAUGGGGAAGCGUCCCCUGUCGCGGAAGGAAAUCGAAGAGCAAAAGAAGCGCGAGGAUGAGGCGGCCGCAGCCCACGCUUUCAAAGAGUUUGUGGAAACAUUUCAAGAAGCGCCAUCCAAAAUAUCGAAGGUAUGGGUAAAGGCCGGAACGUACGAUGCGGGUUCGAGAAAGGAAGACACAAAGGACAGAGGCAAACUGUACAAACCACAGUCUCGUCUCGAGAUGGAACAUGAAAAGUCGAUGGACUACGUGAAGAUGGUUGCAAGCGAAAGCCGCAAGGAUUCGUCAGCAAUGGGCAAGAAACGCAACCAGGAGAAGAAAAAAAGCAAUCUGGAGAUGUUCAAGGAAGAGCUGCGCCAGAUACAGGAAGAGCGCGAGGAGCGGCACAAGUACAAGCACAUGGCACGCACGAUGCUUCCCGGUACCAGUUCCACCGAGUCUGACCCCGUUUACAAGGAGACGGAGUCCGGUUCGUUCGAUAACGGUGAUCCAAACACGACCAACUUGUAUUUGGGAAAUCUGAAUCCAAAGAUCUCGGAACACGCACUGAUGGAACUGUUCGGCAAGUAUGGGCCGCUAGCUAGUAUAAAGAUUAUGUGGCCACGCUCGGAGGAAGAAAAGAUGCGCAAUCGAAACUGUGGGUUUGUGGCGUACAUGAGUCGUCGCGAUGCGGAACGCGCCCUGCGCGCACUGAACGGGCGCGACGUGAUGGGGUACGAGAUGAAGCUCGGCUGGGGCAAAUCGGUCCCCAUUAUGACACACCCCAUCUACAUACCGCCCAAGCUGUUGGCCUACACACUGCCACCGCCCGCUUCCGGGUUGCCGUUCAAUGCUCAACCCCAUCCGUCGGAUUUGGAAAACAUUCCCAAGAUGACGUCGGGCGCCUACAUGUCGGAACCGGAGCUGAAAGAGCAGAUGGACUCGGUAUUGGUGAAGUCGGUGGUGAAGGUGGUCAUACCGACCGAGCGGCCGUUGCUGAUGUUGAUCCACCGCAUGGUGGAGUUUGUCAUUCGCGAGGGUCCCAUGUUUGAAGCGCUCAUUAUGACCAAGGAGAUGGACAAUCCGAUGUACAAAUUUCUUUUCGAAAAUGAAAGUCCCGCACACAUUUACUACCGUUGGAAGCUGUUCUCGCUGCUGCAGGGCGAUACGCCGGGCGAUUGGAGAACGAAGGAGUUCCGCAUGUUUAAGGGUGGUUCGAUAUGGAAACCUCCGCCAAUUAAUUUUUACACCCAGGGCAUGCCCGAUGAACUGCUCGCCGAUGAGGAAGGAAUCGAGGCAAACAAAGGAAAUCUUUCCGUGGCACAACGCGAUCGGCUGGAAGAUCUGAUACGGCACCUUACCCCGGAAAGGCAAAAGAUUGGCGAUGCGAUGAUAUUCUGCAUCGAGCACGCAGAUGCGGCGGAAGAGAUUUGCGAAUGCAUUACCGAAUCACUGUCCUCGAACGAGACGGUGGUGAAGAAGAAGGUGGCCCGCAUCUAUCUGAUCUCGGACAUACUGCACAACUCGGCGGUGAAGGUGCAGAACGCUAGCUUUUUCCGUAAGGCGAUGGAGAAAAAUCUGCUCGACAUCUUUCGCAACCUGAACGCGUACUACAUGCAGCUGGACAGUCGCCUCAAGGCGGAAGGUUUCAAGAGCCGCGUGAUGGGUGUGUUUCGUGCCUGGGAGGAGUGGACCAUUUAUCCGCGCGAGUUUCUGGUUAAGCUGCAGCACACGUUUUUGGGCAUCCAGAUGGCGGAAAAACAGCCGGAAGAGGAACCGGAAGAGGAGAAGGAGGAUGAGGAUCUGGAUGGUGUGCCGCUGGAUGGAGCAGCACUGCUCAAGAGUGCAAUGAUGUGUGGCAUGACCAGUGGCGGAGGUGCGGGUGGUGGUAAUGGAGGUGGGGGAGAGAACCGUACGCCGCUGCUCAAGCACGACAUCUACAGCGAUGAGGACGAUAUCGAUGGAAUGCCGUUGGCAGACGAUGACAUCGAUGGCAUGCCAUUGGACGGGGCAAUGGACUCGGGUAUGCUGGACGCUGGUCGACGAGCUGGUACAUCCGGUUCCGGCGGCGAUGGACGGGCGGGAGGUUCGGGCAAAGGAAAAUCAGCUGGAGGAUCGUUUAUUCCCUCAAAGUGGGAAUCGGUGGAUGCAGCGCAAAUCGAAGCGCAAGCCAUUACGACCAGCAAAUGGGACACGUUGGACCCGGUCGUGCCGGAACCACCAAAGAUCAGUUUGCAGAAGGAAGGCGCGGGACUGAUCAGCAGCAAGUACGGUAGCUACAGUGACGACGAUGAUGAUGAGGAGGACGACGAUGCCGACGAUGCGCAGCGGCAGGAUGGUGACGGAAGUCGCAGUGGUCCGGAUCAGGAUGAGCUGCGACGGGUGCGGUUGCGCGAAAUAGAGGUCAAGAUGGUGCAGUACACGGACGAGUUUGAGUCCGGUGCGCGACAGGUGCGGACGGGUUGGACGCUGCACGAAGAGAUCGACAGUUACCGCAUGAAGCUGAUGAAGGAGAUGGCACAGGAACUGCGAGACAGAGGGCGUGAAGAGAUGAGCUGGGCCGGAGGCUCAGAUGAAGAUAGUCGUUCGCGAAGGGGUCAGAAGCGGGCCGGAAGUGUGGAGAGCUCUCGGAAGCAAAAGCGCAAUCGGCCGUCGGCUCGUUCGAGGGACUCUGCCUCGCCCGAGUCGAAAUCCUCCCGACGCAGACAUUCCAGCAGUUCGUCGGACGAGGACGAGCUGCUGGCAAGCAGAACCGAUGCCCGCUAUCGCUACUCUUCCGAGCGUUCCGUUUCGCCGGGUCCGGCCGCAUCCGGCUCCUCGCGCACCAGCAAGUACGAUCUGCUCGGCUCACCGGCCCGCCACGGUGGUUCGGCCAGCGAGUCCAACUACGAUAAGUACGAACAUCAGCGGCGUGAUGCGCGGGACAGUAGGGAAAGCCGUCGGGAGAAGAAGGAUGUGGCACGGGACCGGAUGCAGCUAUCACACGAACGGGACCAUCACCGAGAGCAUCGCGACAGCAGAGCCCGGGAGAGUGAUUCGCGAAGCUCGCACGGACGUGAGCGGGAGCGUGAUCGGGAGCGGGAGCGUGAUCGCGGUACCAGGGACCGUGAUCGUGACCGUGAGCGAGAGUACGAACGUGACGUGGACGACAGUGUUGGUGGAUCGUCGCGCUAUCGCGAGCGUGAACGGGCGAAGGAAGGGUACAGCAGCAGCAGCGGUGGAAGUCGGAAGGAUUCUUCGACCAGUUCAAAGUACGACGAUAGGACAAAGCGAUACCGGUAAAGCCGGACGAAGCAGAAGAGGAAGAAGCUCGAUUAGUUGUGUGCUGUCUGUCUGUCUGCGCUAUUAGCUGCUGCAUUCUUCUGCAGCCGGAGUAGAGCAAGAUUUUAUCUAAGGAAAGUCACUCACGUACGUAUAUUUGCUAGCAGGUAAGAUUAAAAGGAUGUCCCUAAAAGCAACAAAUACAGAUUUUAAUAAUCUUUAACUAA